AUGGAUGUACAAGAAGAAGUAACGUUGUUAUAUUUUAAGGACCUUUACCCAAACUGCGAGGAAAUGCACUCAAUCUUAUUCGGAAUCAUCACGCCAAUACAGGCGGCGCUAGUCACCAUCGUCAACAUAUUCAUCGUGAUUCUGUUCACCAAGCCGCAUAUACGGUCGCGGACCACGUGCAUCAUGACGCUCAUCGCACUGGCUGACUUGCUGUCCAUCCUUUCACCCACAUCCACCUUCAUCUGGCUGUUUACCCUUGAUAGCGACAACCACCGCCGCGCAGUCCCCUACCGCUUCUGCAUCUGGACGGUUGCGUUUGUGAAUAUAUUUCAGGACAUGUUUAACGCAAUGUCCUUGUGGUUCACCGUUCUGUUAGCGUUAAUGAGGUGCAAGUGUUUACAAUCUCCGUUUGCUGCCAAGUGUACACACAGAUAUCUUCACGUCAUUGGCUAUGUUUCAGGAGUAGUGUGUUUAGUUCUUGCAGUUCACAUACCGUCAUUUUUCAUUUUUGACGUCGUUCCUCUAAACAGAACGUACGUUGAUUCUAACGUAACGGACAUAAUGUGUGGAUUGAAAGAGCGUAAAUAUAGCAUUCCACGGAAAAUCCAUCUAUGGAUGGAGGUAUUACUAGACUCUCUCAUUCCUUCAUGCAUUCUUUUGUACCUGACAUUUAGCAUUCUAUGGGCCUUGCGUAAAGCCAAACAGAGCCGGUCUUCACUGCGUUCCCAUUCUUCCGUGUAUCGACCCGGCGGGGUUCAAGACGACAGUAAAAAGGAAAACGAAUCUGUCAGACACAAACUUGUUCAGUUCCUGCGGCAGAAGUUUCGGGGGAAGACGAGUAAGUACAGCGUUGACUCUGCCUUUGAAAAGCUUGACCGGGAAAGCAGACGGACCUCGUGGCUUAUAUUCGCAGUCGCCAUCUUAAUCUCCACCCACGAGCUACCCAUGGCGCUAAUUACCGCGUACAAACUCACAAUACACAUGCACGAGACGCUUCCGUUGGUGUUCUUUGGCUGCUGGUCGGCUAUAUUCACACUGUGGCAAAACACUAUAUAUCCACUCACGUUUUUCAUAUACGCGGUGAUGAGUGCCAACUUCCGGUCAGAGAUCUUGAGAGUCCUGACCUGUAAAUGUCUGUUUUCCGGCGAAAAGACGACGGCAGGGAAUAAUCCGACAGUUAAAAAUGUAUUGUUGAGCCCGUGCUGUGUAAGGAAAUCGCUGAGCAAGGGAUUUAGCAAUGUCAAUGAAGAAAAAGCCAAAAGAAAUACAGAUUUCUAA